CUCCAGCCGUGCUCAAAAGUCUGCCUGGGAGUCACAACAGAUCCUCAGAAUAUUCUUCCUAAACAAAGCUAUCUGGCAACCAAGACGUGAUGCUGGCCGAGAGUAUAAAAGGAUGCACGCGCCUAAUAGCUUACCUGUUUGGGUCGACGCAAGACACACGUGAGAGAACUGCCCUCCCCAGGUCGCGCGACGCCCAAGGCAGAGAGAUCGCUCGAGCACACGCAAUCCUCAUCCUCCUCAUCAUUCGAAGUUCUGCAGAAGGCGGCCCUACGUCAUGAAAAUUGCUAUCGCCAUCCUCCUCGCCCUGGUGUGUGCCCAUAGUGGAUGGUCCUGGAUGACUGACCUGGACGCGAACAGAGAACCACAGCGGCGUUUGUGUGGCUGGAAAUUGGCCAAUAAGCUGAACAGCGUUUGUAAAGGCGUCUACAACAAGCCGGGCCCGAUGAGUAACAGUCUUUAUUACAGACAUAGGCGAGGCAAGACUCGCCCUUAUGUCGGGGGUUUUACGGCCUCGCUUCCUCAGGCGAGAGAGGCCCUCCCCUACCCCCCCAACCCCGAGCCCUCCCCCCCCUCCCCCGGCCAGGACCCCAGGACCCGCCCCUCGCCCACGGACGCCUUCGACCAGGCCAUCCUCCGCAACGCCCUCUUGUCCUCGGGCGUCCCUUUCCCCUUCCUGACGGAGGCGCAGGCGUCGCAGGUGCUGAGGGAGGCGCCGCGUCGCAAGCGUGGGCUGUCGGCGGAGUGCUGUAGGAAAGCCUGCUCGGUGUCGGAGUUGGUCGACUACUGCUAUUAGUUCGGCCGCCAUCUUGGAAAAAAGGGAUAACGAGCGCAGAGCCAGUUUACCGAAAUAAAUGGCGUCUAAACCACU